ACACUUAACAUUCGUUCGCAACAUGGCGUUGAAGCGCCGAGAGACACGACGGCUCUCCCCCGACUAAUGCAACCUUAUUGUUAGGGAAGCCAGGGGACUGUUAACCAAAGAGACCUAAACAUUCACAGACACUUCCACACGCACCGGCGGAGACAAUAGCGGAUUCCAACAUAUGCAUGUCGCUGUAAAGGUAUAGCUGGUUGUAUAGACGUACCGCUGCUACCCCACUGGUGGAAAUCAAAGGCUGUACAUGGCGGUGGAGAGUACAAUUUGGCUGUUCUGUCUUCUUUCGCUGGUUUGUGGUCCAUCCAAGCAAGAAAAGCCUGUUUCGGUGGAGCUGAGCUGUGGGGCUGGGCCCAGCCAUGUAGUCUUGGAGCCAGGUUUGCCCCUCUUGCUGGGCUGCAACCUUGGGGCCAGCGAUACACCUUUCAAUGUCACCUGGCUUCAGGAUGGUCAGCCUCUGCCUCUGGAGGGGGUCGACUUCCUGCAGUAUUUGGCAAACGGAUCGCUCCUCCUGCUGCCCACCACUAAGGAUGGACAGCCUCCCCAGGGUCUGGAGGGGGGCUACAGCUGUGUCAGUGCCAGUGCCCUUGGAGCCCUGACCAGCCGAACUGUAAAUGUUCUCCUAGCAAGUCUAUCUAAGUUCCAUCAGGAGCCAUCACCCCAAACUGUGCCUGCUGGGGGAGCUGCCCGCUUUGAUUGCCAGAUUGAGGGAGUCCCCACACCUGUUAUUACCUGGGAAAAAGACAAAGUGGCUAUAAUUGAGAACACAAGGUUAAUUUCCCUUCCUUACGGGGUGCUCCAGAUUCUUGAGGUGUCCAAGGAGGAUGAGGGUGCCUACCGCUGUGUCGUAUCCAACUCUGCCAGGAAGGACAUCAGUCAUGAAGCCAGGCUCACUGUCACCACAGGCAAUACAGAAACCCUGAACAGAGUUGCGAUUGUUGCACCACCUCAGAAUGCAACAGUCGUGCUCGGCCGUCCUGCUGUGAUGGAGUGCAUGGCACAAGGCCAGCCAAAGCCACUGGUGUCCUGGAGCAGACAAGAUGGAAAGCCUAUUUCCACUGAUGUGGUUGUCCUCGGCUCAAACCUUGUGAUUAGGGACACAAGGAGUCACCAUGCUGGCGUCUAUGUCUGCCGGGCCAACAAGCCCAAGACCAGAGAAUUUGUCAUUGCUGCCGCGGAGCUGCGUGUGCCUGCCCCUCCAGUGAUUCUCCAACCCCCAGAGACAGCGUCCCUCUCCCGGGGAAACACAGCAAGGUUUGUGUGCAACAGCUCUGGGGAGCCUCCUCCGGUGUUGCACUGGCUGAAGAACGGGCAGACCAUCAAGUCAUUCAGACGGGUAAAGAGCCAAAGCCCUGGAGUCCUGCUCAUCAACCAGCUGGCACUAGAGGAUUCGGGCUACUACCAGUGCAUAGCAGACAACGGGCUGGGCACGGCCUGUGCCACUGCCAAGUUGACGGUCAUUGUGAGGGAAGGUCUGCCCAGCCCUCCUCGCCACCUGUCUGCCACGCCCUACUCCAGCACAACUGCCCUGCUCACGUGGGAGAAACCUGAGUACAACUCAGACCAAAUAAUUGGCUACUCUUUGCAUUGCCAACGUGCUGCAGGCUCAGAUAAUGUGGAAUACCAAUUUGCAAUGAACAACGACACCACAGAAUAUCACGUCAGAGAGCUUCUCCCCCACACUGCCUACACAUUUUUUGUGGUGGCUUACUCUCCCAUGGGUGCCAGUCGCCCGUCAGUGCCUGUAACUAUAGAGAUGCUGGAGGACGUGCCGAGUGCACCUCCUCAGCUGUCUAUAGCCAGCACCUCCCCCACAGAUAUCAGGCUGAUGUGGCAUCCAUUGUCCUCGCAGCACAGUCGAGGAGCUGUCACCCGCUACCGCAUCGAGUACAGCACUCUGGAUCAGGUGGACAGUGUAUUUUCAGUUGAAGUCGGGGGUAAUGAAACUCAAUUCACACUAAGAGAGUUGCAGCCCAAUCAGGUGUACCGACUGAGAAUAGCAGCUGGAACGGGCGUUGGAUUUGGGGUUCCGUCUGAGUGGGCUCAGCACCAAACAUUAGCCCAUUACAACAACAGCAACCUCAGCAUGGUGAUCUCUGCCCCUACGGAGCUAAAAGUCAGAGCCAGAGUGAACACACUCAAUGUGACAUGGCAUCCCUUACCCAAUCACACACUGGUCUCUGGCUACAAGCUGUCCUGUCGAGAGGUGGAAGCUGAUGAAUCAGCCAAUGGAGAAAGGACAACACAGACCCACACCAUCAGGCUCCGUAAGAAGGCCAGGUAUCAUCUUCUCACCGGUCUGGUCCCUGACCGCCAGUAUGAGGUGAGAGUUUGGGCAUUCAACAAGCAGAUAGAUGGAGCAGCUGCUGUGUGGAAGGGAAGGACAGACAAGACUCAUGACAAACCAUCAGUCCCGCCCAUGCGCCCCCCUCCAUUACCCCCAAGCAGCAUCCAAGCCACGGCCAACAGCUCUACUUCAAUCUGGCUGCGCUGGGAGAAACCACGGUUCACCAACAUACGAAUCAUCAACUACACAGUGCGCUGCAGCCCAGCAGGAACCACCAAUGCCUCCUUGGUCUCCUAUCACACCAGCUCUGCUCAGGAGAUACUGCUUGGGGCAUUGAAGCCCUUCACCCACUAUAAGCUGGCGGUGCAGUCUAAUGGAGUGGACGUGGUGGGACCCUUCAGCGGCACAGUGGAGGAGUCUACUCUGCCUGACAGGCCAUCCACACCUCCUGAGGAGCUGCAGCUGAGCGCGCUGGACUCCUCCUCUGUGCUGGUGAGCUGGCGCCCUCCGCUGGAGCCUAACGGUAUCAUCAUCAGCUACAGGAUCUUGUACAGUUGCAACCUCAGCCAGCCUGAGCACUUGUGGGAAAACCUGUCUCGGGAUGGGAGAAUUACUAGUGUGGAGGUCCAGGGUUUGUCCAGUGGCACCCGUUACUUUUUUAAGUUGAGUGCAUCUACUGAGGUGGGGCCAGGGCCUUAUUCACCUAUAAAGGAUGUUCACACCCCACUUCCGAAAUAUGAGCUGGACAUCCAUGCAGUGACAGGCAUCAUAGUCGGUGUGUGUCUGGGACUGAUAUGCAUCCUACUCUGCAUGUGUUUCAGCUUUCGUAAUGGCAAAUCCAGGGAGGUGUCUGGGGGCCUGGACUCCACAGCUGUGACCCCUCAGUACAGGAGAGGGGGCAGUCCUGUUCCCCCCAACCUGGCAGAGUGCAGUGAUAGCCAUGAGCUGGAGACACUGAUGCCCCCAGGCAGCCAAGAGCCUGGUCAGCUGUUAGAAGAGGCCUCAGAGGAGCAGAGCCUGAUGGCAAUCACUAAUCCAGGGGAAGGGGAGGAUGCACCUGCACCUGAACCCAAGGCUGCUUGGAACGGCUCUGUGAGCCAUAACUGGGCCAACAGAAUCACUAAAUACAGAGACACCAUAACAGAAGACUCUCCAACACUCAUUAAUGGAGCUCUCAACAUGCUAAUUACUGAUAACAGCACGGACUUAGAAGAUCGUCUGUCUACAUCCCUGUGCAGUAACCAGGUUGAGGCAGAAGUCAUUGUUCACUCAGAGCUGUCAGACCCUGGCAGGGAGAAAACAGAGGAGGAUAGUGAAAGGGAGAAGUAUUCCAACACCACCAGAGGACCCUCAUUAUCAGAGGAGAGAUAUUCCCCUUUGAGCCAGCCAAGCCCACCGGGAGAGGAGGACACACUAAACAUGAGGGCUCAAAGCCCCUUGAGUCUUCCCUCAAUAAAGUUGGUGGCUAACCACAACGGGGAGCUAGAAGCCAUGGGAGAACAGCCAAAUGCACACUUAGAGCAACAGCAGGACUCAGGGCUAACCAAUGGCUUCCAUUCCCCAAAGACUGUGUGUCCUGUGCUGAGGUCAGAGCAUAUGGAGAACGGGGACUCCAGACACUGCCCUUCGGCACCAGGGAAGGCCAUCUCUGUUGGGCUGUCCCCUGCCCCCUUUGUCAGCUCCGGCCUUGUCCACUCUACCUCAGCAGCACACAGUUAUCUGUGCCCGUAGCCUCUGCAUGUAGACAGACAGACAUCAGACUGAUUUCCGUUCUUUUACAUACCCAGGAAGAAUCCCUAAGGAUUAUUUUUAUGCACCUCAUUAUUGGAUUCCUUUCUCUUCCUUGCAAAGUUUUUAUAGGUACUUUGAAUCCAUUGUUUAAUACGUGUGUAUAUACAGUAUGCAUAUACAGUAUAUUUUUAGUAAGAGUACUGUAUAUGGGUAUGCAUUCUCUCGCAUAUUUUCCUCUGGGUUUUCUUUCCUGUCCUAUAGGAAAGUAAAAAUGUAACUUAACCAAGCAGAUGGAAGUGGAUUGAAGGAGGCUAUUCCCACUGUGUCGCACAUGGCUGUGUUCCACUCAGGAAUAAAAAAGCCUGGAAUGUUUUGUGAGGAGUGAGACAGGCUAUCAUCAUGGAUGAGAGGCUCGGAAGUGCAGCUCAGUGGGUCUCCCUGGGCUUCGUCGUGUGGAUGCGACUUUACUGAGUGGCACCGAGGAAUAAGCCUUAAAAAGUAUCUGCACACUCUGAGAGUGCAGAACACCUGUGUGUCUCUCUCCAGCCUCCUGCUGUCUCAGGGUCCACACACACACACACACACACACACACACACACAAACACACACAAACAAACAGAAAGCUAAAGUACAGCUAAUUCCAUGGUACAUUACGGUCACCCAUAAACACACAUUUACACACACACAUUUCCUGACUGGAGUGUGGAGGUCUCAGGUGCCUAAUUAUUGUAGGUACGUUUAUAACCUCUGUAUAUUUCUAUAGAUGAUUAUAUUCAGUACAAAUAAAAAACACAUGUCAACAUGAAUGGAAAAAAAAAACACUGUAAAAAGAUGUGGUGUAUACAGAUUUGGUACACAUGAAGUAUUCUUUUCCAAAAUGCCAUAUAUCCAUGUGAGAUUUUGUAAACCAGGGACUCUCAGUUGAAAAGUAAAAUAUGGUUUUGCUAUAUUUGUCGAUGAUGGAUAUCUCAUUUUGAAAACAAAGUAUUUACAUGCUCAUGUUGAUGUUGGUUAAUUAUGUUGUUGGGAGAACUAGAGGAGAUGUUACAAUAACUCAUCUGUAGAUCACUCUUCUGGUUUGGCUCCCAUUUAGGGAUGCACCAAUAUGAGAUUGUGCCAUUAGGUGUCCAUUUAAACUCAGUAUAAUCAUUUUUAUGUGAAAUGCUUGCCAUGUUUUUAAUUCAUAAGAAAUUCACCUUGACUCUACAAUCUGAUUCCAGCUGUAUGAGAACAUUUCUACAAUGUUCUACUCUGCCACAAUACCAGAAACAUAAGAUGAUUUGAAAUUUCUGCAUGUAUCAAAUAGGAAAGGAGUCUGAUGAGAAAAAAAUGAAUAAAUGUGCUCAGAUUUUUUUUAUUUUACAGUAACAGUUUAACGUAUUCUUUAAGUCAUUCAAUCAGAUUUCUUUCCAUAAUUGACUGAUACAUGAAGCUGAGUAAGUCAGCAUUGGUUUUGGCAGUGUAAAAGGGGAACUGGUGCAUCCCUACUCCUUAUCAACAACACUACCUCAUUUCUUUUCAGGAUGGUUUCAAGUGUGGUUUUAUUAGUUUUAUGUAACUAGCACCUUUUUAAGAUCUCUUUCUUAAAUUGUCUGAUUUUACAGCCUUUGGUAUUUGCAGAAAUAAUCGUCCGACACUGACUGUACGUUCUUGUGUUAUGUCAAAGAAACUUACAUCGCUUUAGUACAUUGCAGCUUCCUUUCAAACAUCUAAAACAUUGUGUCAUUCAGUAUUACGCUACUAUUCAUUCAUUCACAGUAGAACUAAUGGAAACUACUGACAAGGAACAUAUUAGGUGCUGCAAUGUGACACAUGUGACACUGCAGACAAUGUGUUACUGCAACCUCUCAUCUGCAGGUGGCACAAGUGUUAAAAUUAUAGCAGCUUUUACAUUCUUUGCCUGUAGGAGGCAGUAAUUGACAUGUCUUUACUCAUGAGAAAGAGUGAGAUUGUGAGUUAAUCAACAAGCUGCUUCCUUUAGGUGCUUCACAUUAAAAAAGACUAUACUAAGGAUGCUAACACUAUACUUUAUCCUAAUUCAUUUAACUCAGAAAGGGCAAGGAUUACUCUGUAUGAGAGUGAUAUAAACUAUAUGAUCCUAUGUCGUACAACUUUGUGAUUCUGAGAUAAUGGCAACUUUGUCAAGGUUCGGAUCAUUAGUUAUAGUGAUAUUAAUAAUAAUUUCCACCUUCAGACAUGGACAGAAUUACGCAGAGCAUAGCCUUGUCGUAUAUGAUGUCUCAUUUUCUCUCAGGUGGCUUUUUUUCUGGUCAUCCAGCAGUGAAAAGGGAGUGGAAAACCUUUUCUGUCCUUCCCAUAUAUCAACUCAUGUCCAUGCAAGUGUCAAGAUCUCACCAGCUCAACUCAGUAACAUCAGCAGAAAUGUAAAUGUUUCCUCGUGACAAAGUAUGAAACACACUGAAUAUGUUUCUCACCAACAUAAUGGUAUUGUCUCAAAACUUCUUGAUUAUUAUUAUUUUUUUUUUUUUUUUUACAAAUGCAUGGUUUGUACCUCAAAGAGAUUUAUUUUUUUAGCCUUGCUAUGUAUGUACUUAACAUGAUUAACAUGUUGUUUUACUGCAAUAGCAGUCAUAUAGGGACAGAAGUGAAUGUGUUCUUAGCAAACCUGGGUCAAACAUUGAUUGGAUUUUGGAGGUGAGUGAGUGGGCUGGGCCACAUAAGUAUAAUUCAGAUCAGUUACAGAAAUGUAUGAAAUACCUUCUCAUUAGACUUUACACAUGUAGGGCACUCACUGGAGCAUUUAACGGCAAAUUCAUUCCCAUGGCAGGAAACUUGUGUUGCUGAGGUUUAAUUUGUGGCCACAUCUUGUACCACAAUUAGUGAUGUCAGAGCAGGUUUCCAUCAGCUGUUAAACAUGAAACACUUGCUGUGACAUCAUUGAUUUGGGUGAUAAUUUAAAUGUAAAGCAAACAAUGCAACUGCAGUUUUCUGUCCUGUGGUUUGACGACCAUCUGCCCUAUAUAUGCAGAGUGAUAAAACAAACCACCAAGACUAUGCGUGUAUAUUUUUGAUCCAGAUUCUUUACUGGCACUGUUCUAUAUUGAUACUGUUUCUCGUCAUCCUCAAAAGCCUAUAUGUCCAGAAAGAAGCGUAAUAUUCUCAAAAGCAUUCCAGUUUGAUAUCUUAAACAUACCUCUCUCAGUCCAGGUCAGCCAUGAUUACCCAUGCUACCUUAAGAAGAGAUGUGCUAAAACCCCAGACUGUGUUCCUCCUGCCCUGAUAGGUUUCAUCCAGACCUGGGUUCAGUUCUUCCAUUCACUAGCUUGGAGUGAAGUGGGUGGGUGGAGCGGGUGGAGGUCACUGAAACAGACAUUAAGAUAGACUUUAAAGUAAGUUGUCAGUCACAGUGACAAUGAAAAUGACUUUUCAAGUAUUUUCUUUUGAUUGUUUAUAAUUUUUGAGUAUAAAGUUUGUGGAGUUGGCUUUCACCCAGCAUGGUCCUUUUCAAAAGAAAACAGCCAUUCACCCAUCGACUAUUAAAAGUGUUCCAAAAUAUUCUGUGCAGACAGACCAGAGUCAUUUGGCAAUCAAGUAGAUUUAGUGUACAAAUAAUGCGCUGUGUUUCUCUGUCUACACCACUGCACCAAUUUCCACUGAUGGACAUUCAACACAUUUAUAAAUGAAUUGAUUUAUGGCAGUGAGUUGCAGUUCUUUUGGAUGGUAUUUGGUUAAGCAAAGACACUAUCACAUCUGUGAUGCAAGAGUUAGAUUUUAUGAUAACGCCGCAAUCGAAAAAGAUUUUAGUUGGACAUUGAAAUAGCACCGUGUAGACACAUAGUUACACUAUUUAAAAUCUUUUUCACCCCCACUAAUAGUUGAAUUUCAGAGUUCAGUUGAAUCACACUGAUCUCUCUGUGUUUUAAGUCUUGAUUCAGUUUUGGAUUCAAACGGUGUGUGGAGCUGACACAAAUGAUCGGAAAGGGGAUUAGCAAAGAAACCUGCCUCCAGCAUAAAGGAUGUAUGCUUUCCUUAAAGAAGAUCUAUUGACUCAUUUAACCACUCUCUUAUGUAACUUUUGUUGGCCUGAACAAUCAGAUUUCUUUGGAGGAAAAUGACUCACACUCUCUCAUUUUGUAGAGAUGAUAAUUACUUUGAUAAUUGUGUUUAUUGCAUCCUCCUUUGUAAGGGUUUUAUUAAACAGUAUACCUCAUGGUGGUAACUUGUUGAUUUGAUUCGGAUCAGUUCCUUGAUACUGCACAUUUUGUAAUGAGUAGGACAUACGUAAUCAUCCUGUUGUUAUGUGAGCCAGGUUUUUCAUAGACAGGACUGACUCUUUUGUUUUACCUCAUUGAGAGUUUUUACUCAUUUCAGUGGCCUGGAUGGUUUAGUCUUGUGGUGACGGGGUAAAUAAUCGAAGGGAGGAGGGGUCAGUGGAAGUCACUGAAAUUGAUUUUUACGUUGUUAUUCUCCAAUGGUAGUUAUGACCAAGCUUUUAAAAAGACUUUAAAGCAUGGGUACACUCAACUGGUGCUCAUGCUUCAAACAAAAAUCAUAGGACAAAAAGCAAAAUUGUGUCUGUGUAUUCUGCUGAAUAACUGCCUAAGAGUCACUUUUGGUAGAGUACCACUUUAACACAACCCAGGCGACUGAAGAUUUAGGCAUGGAGAAGGGCUAAAGGGACAUCCUCCCCAGGCAGAUCAUACCUCUCACUAUAGGCAGUCAUUUAAAAGUCUUCUCUACUCAGGUGCCCCAUCUUUGCAUAAAAAUUGUAGAGGAUCAUGCCAGCAUAUCCAGCUCAGAUACAUGUCAUUUUUUUGUCAAACAAAGCCUCAUUUUGUUUUUUGAAAAGUAAAAAUCAAGGAAACUGUUAUGCAUAGAUGAUAUUUGGUUUUGUACAAAUCACUCAGUGUAUUUCUGUCUCUCUGCCUCUUCUCUGUACAUUCUGGUGCUUUGUGGUGAGCUGCUUCGUCCAGUGAUGUCACAUUGUUGUGCAUUUUUUUGUACGCCUUCUUCCCUAGAUCUGUGUGUAGCAGCUCAGUUGUGCUUCUCAGAAUGUGUAAGCACAGACUCUGUGGUCAGGUGCCACCAGAGAGCCUCUGAAGCUACUCAGACACCUUUGUAAUCAUUGUGUGCUGAACAAGACCUCAUUCAUGUCAAAAGAUGCUACUGUACUUAAUAGAGCACUUAAUAGAUUAGCACUUCUUCUUGGGCCAUGAGCAACUUUGGACUGUCAUCUUUACAUUUCUAGAAGUGCAAUUUUCUUGGUCUGUAAAUCGACAGAUGGAUUAAUCAGCAUCAUGAUUUGUGAUAGAAACGUUGCUUGUUCAGAGGAAUCGUCAGAGGAUAGGUAGUACUUGUGGUUUGUAGAAAUAUUUCCACUGUGUUACGAUAUGUGAAAAUGUCAAAACUCACAGAUACUCUCAAGAUGUCUGUGGAAACUACUCUUCUGUAAAUAAACCUCAAA